AUCAUUACCGAACAUAGAUAAACUCAUACACAUACAUUCUAAUUUGAUAGUUGUGUCUGUCUGUUUAUCUAUCUAUCCAUCUAUGUAUCUAUCUAUCUAUUUACUUAUUCAUCCAUUUAUCAAUAUAUCCACGUGCCCGCUUACCUUAUUAGAUCAAAAAAAAGAUAAUAAUUUUAAAUAACUUAAGUGAAGAAGUUGAAUUGUUAAAUUGGAAUUAAAUCAUGAGUAAUCAUCAGGAAAGCGCAAAAAUCAAAUCAACUGAUAUGCCAGAAUCAAUGCAAUGUAUAGCUGUUGAUUGUUGUGCAGCAGCAUGUGAACGUUUUACAGAUGAUAGAGAUAUAGCUAAAUAUAUUAAACAAGAAUUUGAUAAACGUUAUGGUGGGACAUGGCAAUGUGUAGUUGGGAAACGUUUUGGUUGUUACGUUUCACAUACAGAAAACUGUUUUAUUUAUUUUCAUCUGUACCUAAAUGCAGUACUGUUAUUCCAAGCAGUUCCAUAAGAACCUCAACUUCAAUAAUAAGAACAACCAUAAUCCAACUGAAAUCAGAAAAUAUCUAAUUUAUGAUUUUAUUCUACAUUUAGAUGUUUGUCUACAGACAAUAAAUAAUUAUUCAAUUGUUCAUGUGUGAAACAAAAUUCUCAUCUAAUCACAAUUACAGUUUACUUGUUUUUUGAAUUGUUGACGCCCAUUUUAGUUUUAUAAAUUACUUUUAUAGUGUAUAAAGACUCGUAGCCUCUGACAUAUCAUAGCAUAUACACAGGUGCAUACUUCUAAAUGGACAGUUUGUCGUCUCAUUAUUCUCAUCUGACUUGUAAAUCCACUUUCGUCUUUUUAGAAACUCACUUUGGUCUUGAGAGGUUAGCCUGUGAUGUUCUAUUUACAAAAAGCGGUCGAUAAUAUUUAAUAGAUUACCCCCCCAUAAACAUGAUUAUGUAAUCACCUUUGACACUUGUUAUCCAACAUGUUCUUUUUUUCCUAUUAGUUCUAUUUAUCAAUCAAUAAUCAAUUUGUCCACUAAGACGAUUUCUUCAAGUUCUACUACUGUUUCAGUACAGUUUUAUUCCUAUUUUCUUACUGACUCAUCUCUUUUUUUUACCUCUAUUGGGAUCAGUAAUGAAAAAAUGUCUAUGUAUACAUAUAAGCUAUGAAAAAAAAUACAUGUUGGUAAUUGUUUACACAUAUAUAUGAAUACAUUCUCAUUGAUUGUGAUAUAUUUUCUUCUCAUUUUAUAUUCAUAAAAAUCUCACUUGUUAACUGAACUAUUGUGUAUUGUAUUUAGUUUCAUCUGUUAUAUCGUUUGCUAUUGGGUUAAAUAAGUUGACUUAGUGUAUUCUAAUCACUUGUGAACUAUUGUAUUAUUUAUGAGAUAACUUUUAUUACAGUCGGACUGUGAUAAUUCACAUGUAAUAAAAUGUUAUUUUGAUCACCUAAAGAUUUAUAGAGUACAGAUUUGAAUACUGUGAAUAUUGACUUUCCUGCUCGGAUUAUUUAUAGAUUCACAAUGGAUUCAAGACCGUUUAGUUGGGAAUUUGGAGAUAAGAAAGUGCUCACCUGCUAGUUCGAAAUAUUAUCAAUAGUUAAAAGCAAUCGUAUACCUCUUACAAUCAUGUGGUAAUAAACUAUGAUGACAGAUCAAAAUUAUUUUCUCUAGUUGUAGACGAUUAUGAUCGAUUUGUUAUAGCUCAAUACAUACAUCACCAAGAUGUCCACUCGAAAAGAAAUAAAUGUUCCCUACUAACAUCUUUCAUUGCUGUUAUACUUGUGGAAAAUGUACUACUUAAACAAUUUUUAAAUUAAAACACUAUCUAAAAUGUACUCAUUAAAAUUUAGUAGUGUUAGUGGCAGACUUGAGGUUAGAACAGUUUAGUGAGCACUCCCAAUCAUAAUUAGUAGAUUACUGCAUGAUAAUCCAAGUAAAAUUACAAAAUGGACGAAGCGAAGCUCGAACUAUAGAUAUUUUCUGUAUGAGUCAAGAGAUUCAAAUGCUAGCAAAGUUAAAAUUAUAUAGAGAGAAAAGCAAUUAAAAUGGACAUUUAAACAAUAACCGAAUGAUCUGUGGAAAGACUCAUUCAAAUGUAUUACUGAAGAAAUUUGUGAAGAAAUUCUAAUAGUAUACUUCUGUUUGAGAUUUGUACUGAUUUUGUCUAGAAAGGCAAUCAAAAUGUAAUAAUUAAACUAGCAAAUUCGUAGAAUUAUAAAGUUAAACCAUCGUAUCAACAAGUAUGUAUCAGUUGCAUGGUCUCAAUAAUUCUAUUGGAUAGUGGAUUCUAUCUGAGAACAUACUCCUAUUUAUCAGUUUAUCAUUUUUUAACUGUAACUUCAUGUUAAUUGAUAAAUGUAUACAAAAGUUGUAUUUAUUUAACAGAUCAGAUAUUGUUUCCUGUUAUUCUUAUUUCUUGAUAAGGUAUAAGGUAUUGAAUUUAUACAGUAAUCAUAUUCACUAUAUAUUUGUAUUGUUUUAUCGAAACCAUUUUGUCAUUAAAAUAAUCAAUUCAAUGAAUCAUAAAGUGACCGCUCAAACAUUAAAAAUGAUUGUUUUUAAACUUUAAUUAGUGAUAUGAUUUAAUGCUCAAUCGGUUGUAUUAUCCACACAAGUGAGUGGUUAACUGAACUCAGUAAAUAAAUAAAUAUUGCGAUGGUAUUUGAAGCAAAUGAUAUUGGUUUUGGGGUCAUGGAGUGAACAUCAACUUUCUUAUAUGAUGAGAAGAAAAGUCAAUUCCCGAUUGAUUUACUUAAUAUGAGUUUUAUUCAUCAUUAUAUCCGUUUUGAUUCAAUGUAAUGAUUACGCAAUGUAGUAUUUGUUUUCUCUUCUCGUAUGAUAUCUUAUCCUGUAUAAUAUACGAUAUUCUUGUAUUCCAUUGACCUGAACCAUGCUCAGUAUAUGAUUUACUAUAACUCUAAGUAUUUUUCAUAUAUGUGAUUUCAUCCUAAUUAUUAAUCAAAAAUAGGUGUACAAUCAAUAUAUAAAAGAGUGUAUUUUCUACUAGAUUAUCAUCUUCAUCGUCGUCGUCAUCAUAGUGUUUUGGAGCUAAUAAAUCUUCACUUAUACCAGUCUUUGUGUUCUUACUUUCACGUCGUGGGAAUUGAAGAGGUCCCUUAUUCCGAGUAUAAGUGAUCAGAGUUUUCCGGUACAGCAAUCAGCAACGAUCAAAUGUAACAAUUGCGACGACCAAGCAUAACACUUCCAUGUAUUCGUAUCUAACAGAGAACGAAACACUCGUCUUGGAUUCUAUCUAUUCUAUAUUGUUAAUUAUAUCAUCUUUGUAUCUUUACUUAAAGUCAACAAGUAAAUUAAAAGUACACACAUAGGUAUUUGUUUAUUGAUUUAUAGUAAUUCAAAGUGUUUUGUACUUCAAUAUUAUUGAAUGAAAUUUUAUUAAAUCUAAAUCGAUUUUGUAUGAUUUCACAUAUUUGAAUUAAAUGAAAUGAUAAGAAAAAAACUUUUUUUUUCUCCUUAAAAUCACGCGAGGCUAUACUUGAAUUUGAUUGAUUAAAAUAAAUUAAAUUCAAUAUCAGAAUAAUUUGAGUCUGUUUGUUGUUCAUUAUUAUGACAAUAAUAAAUAGCCUAAUUGAAAAACAAACAAACAAACAGACAAAACCAAACAACUUUGUUCAUUGUUAUUUCAAUCGUUUAAAGAUUCUGAUCAUAGUUAAGAGACUAAUAUAUUGAACGAAGUAUAUUCUUUUCGAUAAAUUCUCUUCAGGUUCUUCAAUUAAAUAAUCUGAUAAAAUGGACCGGUUUAAGGGGUAAAGUACAUCGUUUAAAGUUAAAGCAUGUGAAUUAAGGAUUGUCAAUUAAAAUAGAAUAAAAUUGUUAAUGUUGAUAUGACUCAUAUAGAAUGUUAAUUUAGAUCAGCUUGGGUGUUAUGUGAAAGUUUAAGAUCUAUGAUCAGAAUUGUUAAUUCAAGGCUCGUAACAACUGAACUAUGUUUUUAGAUUUUUCUUGUCUUUAAACCAUAAAUUAGUAGAUCAAUAUAAUAUCGAAUGAUUUUACAUUAAAAAAAAACUAAACAACUUUAUCUGAAGUGGAACAAAUCUUCAAAAUUUAGAAUAUCACACCGAUACCCAUUCAAAUAUUGG